UUUAGGGUUGUGCGGAAGAAUGGGCAAGGCAAAGACGUCGAGGAAGGGGAAGAAGGCGUGGCGGCGUAACAUCCCCACGAACGAUCUAGAAGAGCUUGUUGAGCGGUCUGGGCGCGAGGAGCGUAGCGGCGGCGCUCUUCUCGGCUCUGUUUCCAACGAUUCUCUCUUCUUUGUCGACAAAUCGGGAGAUGAGAGCGUGCGAAGGAAGAUCGAUCGGCACAGGGGCAAAGUUUUGCACUGUGACAGCGUGCUCCAGAGAAGCUCGCUGGUGCCAGCGCUUCCAGCAUCGAACAAGCGCAAGCUCAAAGAUAGGGAUUUAGCAAAGCGUCCUCAAAAACGCAACAAGGUUCCUCGUAGCGAAGCAGGAAAAGAUGCAGCAAAACAAAAUGGUCCCUUUGAUCUCUGGGAAGAGGAUGAAGCUAUCAAAUCCAAAUGGGCGAAGCAUUUGGCUCGUUUCGGAAACACAGCUUUACCAAAUACUCCAGCAGUGGAGAUCGAUGCGCCCGGAUGUUCUUUCAAUCCUACCUAUGAGGAUCAUCAGGAAGCAUUAGGUGCAGCUGUUGCUCAAGAAAUGCAACAAGUCUAUAAGAAAGAAUUGGAACCCGAACCAAUACCUUUGCAAGUCCCUGGCAGCGUAAUCGAUGAAGAGGACAUGUAUUUCAUUGAAGCUGAUCAGGACGAUAACGAUGGAGACACUAUUCAAGAGGAUGAAGAUGCUGUUUCCAGGGCGAUCAAAGUCAAGAAACUCACGAGGACUGAUCUUAACAAGAAAGCAAGGAAGAAAGAGAUGCUGAAGCAGGAAGCCAUGAGAAAGGAGCAGGCCAAGUUAAUGGAGGAGAUAAACAGACUUCCAGAAAUCAAGGAAGCCAUCCAAGUCGAGGAUGAAGAGAAAAAAAAGAUAUGGACUCGACGCAUGGUUUCAAAGAAGGAACGGCAAGCCAAUUGUCCACCGCGACUGGGAAAGCACAAGUUCAAGCCAGACUCCGUGAAAGUCCUGCUUUCCGAGGAAGUCACUGGAUCAUUGCGAAAACUAAAGGGAUGCUACUCUUUGCUUCGAGAGAGAUACAAGAGCUUGCAGCGGCGAGGACUCGUGGAACCUCGGGUUCCUGUCAAGAAGAAAGUGGCAAAGAUGUGGGUGAACUACGAGAGUGGCACGAAGGGAGCCAAAGAACGAGAAACACACGCAAGUAUGGUGGCCGAGAGAGAAGCAAGAAAACACGCUUUAGCUGUUCUUCCUGUAAAAUAAAAAAGUUUUGGGAUUGUUGCCCUAAAAUUUGGGAGAUUU